CAGCCUCAACCACAACAGCAGCAGCAGCCGCAGCAGUUGGCGAAGAAGAACUAUGAGGAUUGCCUGACGCUCGCUCGUUCGCAGCAAUAUGACGAAGCCGCACAGGCGUUUGAGGACUUUUUGCAGCGGGAACCGGGGCAUGAUAAGGCUUGGAUUAGCUACGCGCAGAUGAGCAAAAAGAGGUAUAUGCAGCACGGAGCUCCAAGCCUAGCGUACGAGGCUUGCGGAAGCGUGCUGGAUCGCGGCUUGGCGUUGAACCCUCAAGCGGCCAAGAUCUGGCAAUCGCGGGGCCUUUUGGAGCUGCAGCAGGGCCACACAGGACCCGCGAAGGAGCUGUUGAAAAAGGCGGUUGCGCUGGACGCACGACUGGCGCCGGUGCUCAACUGGAAGGCUGUGAGAGAGGGAGGGGAAUCGCAACCCGUGGUGUCAUGUGAG